CAGUUUCACAAACCAUAUCAGAUCCAAGACGCAUAUCCGCGACCUGAAGUCGUUGACGGUCAUGAUAUUGUGAUUCGAGUGGCCGCCGCAUCAUUUUGUCACACCGAUAUCAUGGUUCUGGAAGGCCAGUUUUCGAGUUUGCCGAAACAGCACGCAGGCUCUCACGAGCCUACUGGAACAAUUGUCAGUCUGGGAGCAGAUGCAGCUGCUCUUGGUUUCAAGCUCGGCGAUCGCAUUGCAGCACUUGGAUGGCGUGGCCUUUGCGGAGAAUGUGUCGAUUGCAAGGGCCCAGUCGACAAGCGCUACUAUUGUCGUUUUAUGAAGGGAUAUGUUGGAACCACUCUGCCCGGCGCGUUUUCAGACUUCACCGUUGUCGAUGCCCGCUAUGCAGUUGUUCUUCCAGACACCAUGAGCUUCGUUACCGCCGCUCCAUUAACUUGUGCGGGAGCUACUGUAUGGAGAGCAGUCCAGUCCACAAAGGCGCAGCCAGGAGAGUGGAUCGGUAUUGUCGGUAGCGGAGGUGGUUUGGGUCAUCUUGCCAUACAGUUUGCAGUCAAGGCAGGUGUCAACGUGGUCGCCGUCGACGCCCGCGAGGAAGGACUUGAGCUGUCGAGAGAGUGUGGAGCUCAGCUGGUUCUUGAUGCGCGCAAAGGAGAUGAACAACUGACGGUCGCUAUAACCGAAGCUAUCGGCGACGACAAAAUCAAGGCGACUAUCGUGUUAUCAGACCAUGAAACGGCGUGUGAUACCGCUUGUACCAUUACUCGACCUCAUGGGACAGUCAUCCAAGUCGCUCAACCUCAACGAGUGUCGUUUCAUUUUCGUGCAAUCAUCUUCAAAGACCUGCGCUUUGAAGGCUCGUUGGUGUCCGGGCAGAAGGAACUCGAAGACAUGAUUCAUUUUGUGUUGGAGCACAAGAUUCGUGUCAAGACGAACAUAUACGAGAACCUUGACGCUGUCAAUCUCGUAGUCGAUGCGGCGCGUUCGGGGAAAGUGAGCGGGAAGCUGGUGGUAGUCUUGGAU